AUGACGAAGAUUUUUGCUUUUCUUAUUUUGAUGAUGAUUGCAGUUCAACUAUCAGAAGCCAACAUCAGAAGAUGUUUCUGUACAAUUAACCAUCUACGUCCAGACGGUCAUUUUAGUGCAAUUGAGGCAGAGAAAGAACUAGAUAGUUGUGGUAGCGACCAUUGGCUGAAACCUUUUUCAUGUGGUUGUAGUUCUAACACUAUGUACGGCUGCAGAUCAAAAUGUGACGACUACAUCAGCGGUUAUGCCGAAAAUUGUCCUGCGCAAUAUAAGGGCUUCAAAAUAAAGAAAAAUAUAUUUAUUCAACUGAACGUAAGAUUACAACAAGAAAAAAUGAAACAAGCUAUAUUAUUGGGAUGUUUGGUUGUUUUGGCUGUGUUCGAUUGUGGGUCUAGUUGGCUAAUUUCGGGCGAUACUAGAAAUUGUUUCUGUACCGCUGUGAAUAAUGAUAAUUAUGGAAGUGUAGUUCAGGAUUUUGGUUCCAUUCAGAGUUGUCAUGGUGUGCCAACAUGUGCCUGUCGAAGGCACGAGAUGAUGUCGUGUGGUACAGCAUGUGAUAGAAAAGUAAAAGAAUGGUGUGCAUCACGUAACUCAGGAGUAAAAGUACGAGCUUCUUACAAAGCCAGCUCUUGUACCAGUGGGUACGGAAAUUCGUAUCAAUGUUAA